UCGUGACUUCUUCUUGCCCAAUUCAUUCUCCCAUUACCAAUUUUCUUCAAUCCCUAGUUGAGGCAAUAGCAGCGCCUCCCCUUUCUUCUUCUUCAAAUCCGAUUAACUGUCGAUUUUGUUCCCAAAUCGGAUUGAAGUUCGUAAACUGAAAGUUGCGAAGUUCUUCGACAGAGAUGGACGUUGAUUUCGAAGAGGAGAACUUCAGGUCUUUGCAGAUAGAGGAGGAUGAAGGCGACGACGUAGAGGAUGCAGACAGUGAUGAAAUUGACGAUGGAGAGGAUCAGAUUCCUAUGACUUUAGGGUUUGCGGAGAUGCCUCAAAAUCCUUGGUCAUCGCGCCGCCAAUACUUCCCGAGUAAAGCUGGCGGUUCACCAGCAUGGUUGGAUCCCAUUAAUUUGCCUUCGGGAAGCUCCAGUCUUUGUGAUUUUUGCCGUGAGCCUUUGCAGUUUCUGAUUCAGGUUUACGCGCCUUUACCUGAGGAAUCAACUUUUCACCUAACACUGUUCAUUUUCAUGUGUUCGUCAAUGUCCUGUCUUCUUCGUGAUCAGCUUGAGCAGUGGAGGCGGUCUCCAGAAGUCCAGUCCAGAAGUAUCAAGGUUUUUCGGUGUCAAUUGCCACGGGUGAACCCCUUCUACUCUAGUGAGGCUCCUGCUGAAGAUGGGAGUCAGCAGCCAUUGACAGCUGGAGCAAUGCUAUGUGAUUGGUGUCGGUCAUGGAAAGGAGACAAAAUUUGUAGUAGCUGUAGAAGAGUGCGCUAUUGUUCUGGGAAUCACCAGGCUGCUCACUGGCGAUCCAGUAGCUCAAGUCAUAGAGUCCUAUGCCAACAGUUGGAGCCAUCUGGCGAUGAGUCUGAAUUGGCUGCAAGCAACUCCCUUUGGCCCGAGUAUGAGAUCACAUGCGAGGAUGAGAGUGAAUUUGAUGAGCCAAUAUCCAGUGAUAAUGGAUCUGGUAAUGCAUUGGUUUCUAGAAGCCGGACAGAGGGUUCUGAUGGAAAUCUUAUGAAUUAUUUCCAGGCAUCUGAUGACAAUAGUAGUUGGGCAUCUUUCCAAGAGAGAAUAUCUUCAGCUCCCGAACAAGUCUUAAGAUACUCUAGCUCCUCUCAAGCAAAUCCAUUAUGGCCCGUUUCUAGUGGCCGGCCGUCAAGAGCCGAUAUUCCUAGGUGCAACCAUUGUGGUGGCACACGUGCCUUUGAAUUUCAGGUUUUACCCCAGAUACUCUACUUCUUCCAUGUGGAAGACAACAGGGAUUCUCUCGACUGGGCCACCAUCGCCGUGUACACAUGUGAGGCCUCGUGUGAAGGUGGUGCGAGUUACAAAGAGGAAUUUGCUUGGGUUCAACUUGCUAGUCAGUCUAUAUCGCACCAAUGAAUGCCGAGAGAGAGCGAAUUUUGUAGUCGUGCUAAGACAAAGUUGGGAAACCGCAAAUAUGCUCGUAUUCUUGUCUGCAAUUCUCACAUGAAAGGGAUAUGGUGAGUUGCAUCAUCUUUUUUUUGUUUUUGGUUUGUCCUAUUUUUUUGGUGGGAAGACGUCGUAUUAGAUUAUUACAGAGUUGAUUUUUUACUUUUAUGAUUGGGAAUACACAUACAAGGUUGAUAAUCAUGGGCCAUUUUUGUCGUUUAAA